AUGAAGUGCUGGCAGCUUCUCUCUCUUGCGGCUGUUGUAGCCAGCAGUCCCGUGCCGUCCAUCCAGGACUACACUCGGCUGCUUAGAGCUCGACAGAGCGAUACAAGCUUCACUGCUACACAGUCAGAGCUCAACAACUUUGGCUUCAUCGUCCAGUAUGCUGGAGCUGCAUACUGCAACUCCGAGACACCAGCUGGUCAGGCCGUCACAUGCUCUGACGACGGUUGCCCUGAUGUUGCGGGAACUGUUGUCAACUCCUUCACCGGCUCCGUCACUGGCAUCGGAGGCUUCGUCGCUGUUGACAGCGCACACCAACAAAUCGUCCUCUCCUUCCGCGGAAGCAACAACCUCCGCAACUUCAUCACGGACGUUGUCUUUGGCUUCACAGACUGCUCGCUCGCCGAUGGCUGCGAGGUUCACGAUGGCUUCAACGACGCUUGGAACGAGGUCGCCGCCGCUGCCACAGACGCUCUCACCCAGGCCCGUGCCGCCAACCCUUCCUUCGAAAUCGUCUCCACGGGACAUUCUCUGGGUGGUGCCGUCGCUACUCUUGCCGCCUCGUUCCUCCGCACUCAGGGCUUCGCAAUUGAUGUCUACACAUUUGGAUCUCCUCGUGUUGGCAACGACGUCUUUGCCGACUUUGUCACCAGCCAGCCCGGCUCUGAGUUCCGCGUUACUCAUUUUGAUGACCCCGUGCCCCGUCUCCCCCCGAUCAUCUUUGACUACCGCCACGUCUCCCCCGAGUUCUGGCUCUCUGCCGGUGAUGGCACAAACAUUGACUACGCCGUGGCCCAAAUUGAGGUUUGCACUGGUAAUGCCAACGUGGAUUGCAACGCCGGCACCUCUGGGCUCGACAUUACUGCUCAUUCCAACUACCUCCGUAAAGUCUCGGCAUGUGCUCCCUCACCUCUGCAGUUCAAGCGUGACGGCAACUCGACCGGCUAUGAUCAAGAGACUAUUGACAGGAUCAACAAAUGGAGCCAAGAGGACCAGGCUUAUGUCGCCGGUGGACAGGCAUAA